AUGGCUAAAACUCAGUUUCAACAAGAGCCUAUGGCCAUCAUAGGCUUUGCCUGCCGCCUCCCUGGCGGCAACAACUCGCCGCAGAAGCUCUGGUCCUUCCUCGAGGACGGUGGUAUUGCACCAAACACGGUACCGCCUUCGCGGUUCAACUUCGCGGGCCAUUGGGAUGGUUCCCACAAGCCUGGGACCAUGCGCCCGGCGGGAGGCAUGUUCCUCUCGGACACGGUUGACCUUGCACGCUUCGACGCCGGCUUCUUCGAAGUAUCAGGGGCCGACGCGACCGCCAUGGACCCCAACCAGCGGCAGAUGCUAGAGGUCGUGUACGAGGGCCUCGAGAACGCAGGAAUACCGCUCGAGAAGCUGAACGGCGAGCCUGUGGCGUGCUACGUGGGCUCGUACGCUACGGACUAUCUGGACAUGAUGCAGCGCGAUGCCGAGGACCGCGCGCCCGGCUUUCUGAUCGGCACGGGCCGAGCCGUCAUGGCGAACCGCAUUAGCUAUUUCCUGAACAUAAAGGGGCCUAGCGUCACUCUGGACACUGCUUGUUCUGGGAGUCUUGUGGGCCUGGAUCUUGCAUGUCGAUCCCUACAGGCCGGCGAGGUCAACAUGGCCAUAGUUACCGCAAGCAACCUGUACCUGAACCCCGACCACGUUAUGGACAUGGGCAGCGUGGGGCAAGCCCAUUCCCCAACUGCCCUCUGUCACUCGUUCGAUGCAUCCGCCGACGGCUACUGCAAGGCCGAGGCGGUUGGUUGCCUGUUGGUGAAGAGGCUGUCCGAUGCCGUGCGAGAUCGGGACCCUAUCCGGGCCAUAGUUAGGGGCACGGCAUCGAAUUCCAACGGCAGAGGGAGCGGAACAGGAUUGGGAGGCAUCGCACAACCUAGCGGUGAGAUGCAGGCCGCGGCGAUACGCGCUGCUUACAAAAGAGCAGGCAUCACCAACUUCAACGACACAGCGUUCCUGGAAUGUCACGGCACAGGAACACCAGCUGGCGACCCUGAGGAGGUGCAUGGGGCAGGAUCGGUGUUUUCGCCGACGCGCGACGCACAGCGGCCCCUGGUCAUAGGCUCCAUCAAAGCCAAUAUCGGCCACAGUGAACCAUCCGCGGGCAUCUCAGGCUUGAUCAAGGCCAUCCUGGCUAUGGAAAAGGGCAUAAUUCCCGGCAACCCUACCUUCUGGAAACCCAGCCCAAAGAUUGAUUUCGCGGGCAGCAAAGUCAAGGUCACUCGAACAGCCAUUGCAUGGCCCGAUGAAGGGUAUCCGGUGCGACGAGCAAGUGUCAACUCGUUUGGGUUUGGUGGUUCUAACGCGCAUGCCGUCGUCGACCAACCCAGCAAAGCCGACCGCCAAAGACACCUGUCCUCGUACCGGGGUGAGGACGAGGACAAGGACGAAGAGUUCGCAGAUGACGACGCCGCAUUCCAUGUACAAUCACCAUCGCGACCGCGACCGUACACCCUGGUCAUCUCGGCGAACGAUGCAGUCGCCCUCAAGGCCAACGUCUCGGCGCUGUGUGACCACGUGGCGAACCUCGGCGUGAACGCGCCCGUAGCCGAUGUCGCCUACACGCUCUCGGAGCGUCGUAGCCGGCUUUGGCAUCGGGCCUUCGCGACAAUUGACACAACUGACAACCUCGAUGAGAGCGCGUUCGCGGUGGGCAAGAAAACAGCCCACCCGCCAAAGAUAGGGCUCGUCUUCACUGGCCAAGGAGCGCAGUGGCCGCAGAUGGGCAAAGAGUUGCUGGCCACAUUUCCGCAGAGUCGAGAGGUGCUCCGGGAGCUUGACGGCGUGCUGAAAGCCCAGCCAGACCCGCCAGCGUGGUCGCUCGAAGCCGAGCUCAGCGAGCUGCGGUCGGCCGAUCACCUUCGCCAACCCGAAUUCUCGCAACCCUUGGUCACGGCGCUGCAGAUCUGCAUCUUGACGCUUCUUCAGUCGUGGGGUGUCAAGUCAAGCGCCGCGGUUGGCCACUCAUCGGGCGAGAUUGCUGCCGCCUACGCAGCCGGCUUUCUGGACCGCGCCGGCGCCAUCAAAGCUGCCUUCUAUCGUGGUCGUGCGGCCUUGAACUGCAAUGACAAGGCUCAAUCGGGGGUCAAUGUUGGAAUGCUGGCUGUAGGUCUCGGCGCCGACCAGGCCGGGCCGUUCUUGGAGAAACACAGGAACGCAUGGAUCGCGUGCUUCAACAGCCCCGGCAGUAUCACAGUGUCUGGCCACCGGGAGACACUUGAGGUCCUUGCCGAAGAGAUCAAGGCAGCUGGCCACUUUGCCCGGCUUCUCCAGGUUGACCUUGCGUACCACUCGCCUCUCAUGGGGGUCAUUGGCGACGAGUACGGCAGGCUUCUGCUCGAAGACCGGGAGUUCAAGCCGCUAGAUGAGGACAAAUGGCAGUCUGACGUAACCAUGUUCUCGUCGGUCACAGCUGGCAAGAAGGCCACAUCUGCAGAUUACAAGUACUGGACCUCCAAUAUGGUGUCGCCUGUGCGCUUCGCCGAGGCUUUGAAGGAUCUCGUGGCAAGCGAAGCACCUGAUGUUCUCAUCGAAGUCGGACCAUCGGGUGCAUUGGCUGGCCCCGUUGCGCAAGUGCUGAAGGAUCAAUCGCUCUCCAACGGCAGCAGCGUGGUAUAUCACGCCUCCUGGGCCCGCGGCUCCGGUGCAGUAAAGGCACUAUUGGACGUGGCUGGCCGCCUAUUCGCAGCUGGGGCGCCUAUUGACAUGGCAGCUGUCAACGGCGGAUAUGCAACUCAGCGAACCAUUGUCGACCUUCCCAACUACCAAUGGAACCACGGGGCGCGGUACUGGCACGAGAACGCGACGAGCGUCGAGUGGCGCAACAAGCGUUACAUCACGCACGAUCUGCUCGGCAGCAAGAUCCCAGGCACAUCCUGGAAGGCGCCGACGUGGCGUAAGAAGCUGAGCCUGGCUGACGUACCGUGGCUCAAGGACCAUCAGAUGGGGUCCGAUGUGUUGGUGCCCGGCAUGGCCUUUGCCGCCAUGGCACUCGAGGCCAUGUACCAGAAGCACUGCUCCCUACACCCCGAGGAGGCCAAGGGCAUCGAGAGCCCCUCUGACCUCGCCUACCGCUUUCGCAACGUGAAAUUCGACCGCGCUGUCGUUGUGGAGGAAGGAAAGCCUACAACCCUGCUGUUGACCCUGGCGAACGUCCCCGGUGGCGACGAGUGGCACGAGUUCCGAGUGCGCACCACCGCGGGAGAGAACCAAGACCUCAUUUACGAGCACUGCAAAGGCCUUGUCAGGGUCCAAGAACCUCUAGGCGAAGAACACGCCCUACAAGGCGACGACCUCGCACCACUGCGUGACCCGCAGUCUGCAGAGCCAUGGUACAAACUGCAGCGCGAGAUGGGAAGCCAUUUCGGCCCAUCCUUCCGCAAGAUCAAGCAGUGGGAGACAGUCAGCGGCCAACGGACUUGCCGUGCCUCACUCUCCCUAGAGCCUCCAUCGUCAGCAUGGGACCCUCAGUCUUCGUAUCCGAUUCACCCGGCCGUUCUCGACGUCUGUCAACAGACAGCGACGGCCGCGUUCCUGGCUGGCGAGCGCAGCACACUGAAAGAUGUCAUCAUCCUGUCAGAGAUCGACGACAUGGUGGUCAACCGCGUGCCACGUCAGCUGAAAGACGGUCUGUCCGUUGCCGAAGCCGUGUGGACAGGCCGCGGUCGAGAGGAGCUUGUGCAGAGUUGGUCGACCAACGUGGCCGUCCAUGAUCCGGAUAGCGGUGCGUUAUACGUGCGCUUCCGCGGGCUCAACUACGUACGGCUGGACGUUGAGGAGAAACCAGACCUCCAUGUGUUUGAUGCCGUCAGGUGGAAGCCCGACAUAACGCACAUGUCGCAAGAUCAGUUGCUCUACCUGGAGCCGACGGCCGGCAGCCGGCUGGACGAGGUCAUAGACCUUGUUGCGCACAAGACGCCGCGCUUGAGUGUCCUGGAAAUCAGCCUUGAUGACGGGGAAUUAGUAGACCAGAGCAGUCUUUGGCUUCAGGGCGGUAGCUCCGCGUCGCAGUCGGCCCGUGCCGCCUUCGCUCACUACACCUUUGCCGUGCCAGAUGCGCAGAUCCUGGUGGACGUGGAGUCGGCAAAUUCAGGAAGGGGUGGCAACAUCGAGCUCCAUCUGCUGGCCCCGAAUCAAGACGACCUGGGUCUCCCUUCGUCGGGGCUGACGUACGACCUAGCCAUCGUCAAGGCCCCCACCGAUGCCAGUGCGCAACUCGACAGUGUGCUCGGGAAACUGAAGAGGCUCUUGAAGCCGGACGCCUUCAUACUUGUGGUCACCUCAACUGCGGAUGUAGCGUAUUCCAGCCCUUCCAGCGACGCCAUGAGCGUGCCCGGGAGCGAGAUGGCCAGCGAAAACAAUAACCCCGUCACCCCAGACAGCGGCAGCGAGACACCAGCCAAAUCCGCCAGCUCGUCCACGACGACGUUGGACUUCAAGCAAUUCCCCCAUGACGCCAUGUCCCAGCGCUUGUCAAACGACGUAUGGGGACCAGACAGUGUCAUGCAGGUCCUCGGUACGUCUUUCCGCGCCUAUCUGUGCAGCAACAGUGGCGGUGAUGGCGACACGAGCCUGACGACAGGGGAAGUCCUCGUGGUGCGCUUCAAUGAUGCGACACCCCCCCUUUCCCCCACAAUACGCCGCGCGAUCGAGGCGUCGGGCUACACCGUAAGCGACAAGUCCGUUGAGGAACUUGGAUUAGAAAGCGCCGAAUCAUCAUCAUCAUCAUCCUUAUCUCCCAUGUCGGCGCUGCUGGUCAUGGACGAACUCGUUGCGCCCGUCUUAACAGACAUCUCGCAGAGCAACUGGGAGAAACUGAAGAAGCUGGUCAGCUCGGGCAAGCCUAUUCUCUGGGUUACCAAGGGCGCCCAGACAGACCGCGUCAACAAUCCCGAGAACGCCAUGGUACAAGGGCUGUUCCGCGUGGCCAGGCGUGAGGACCCGGGCGUUCGCCUGACCACGCUCGAUGUCCAGAACCCCUCGAGCCCAGCAGCCCACUGGGCUAUCGAGCGUGUGCUCCGCACGGUACUUCUAGCCGAGGGCGCCGUCGCCGACCAUGAAUACGCUGAGCGUGAUGGCAUGUUGCUCGUGCCGCGCAUUGUCGUCGACGAGAGCCUCAACAGGUUCAAGGCGGCCGACAUGGGCGCCGGCUUCGAACCCGUGGUCAAGGACUUCCACUCCAACGCAGCCCAGAUUCGCUUUCAGGCGGACAAGAAGGGCUCGCUGGAGAGCCUGGCGUGGUGCGAAACGGCUGCCGGCGAUGUCCCGAUUGCACCAGGCAAACUCGACAUCAAGGUCAUGGCCAUGGGUGUCAACUUCAAGGAUGUCGCCACGACUAUGGGCAUCGUGCCCGAGAACGAGCACAUGAUUGGGUGCGAGUGCUCCGGAUACAUAAGACGUGUCGGCCCUGGCGUCACCGGCUUCAAGGUCGGCGAUCGCGUCGUGGCGCAGACCAACGGAACCUAUGUGAACCAUCUGCAAGUCGUCUCUGACCGCGUGCAUGUGAUUCCGGACUCGAUGGGCUUUGAGGACGCUGCUACCAUCCCUCUGGUGUAUCUGACGGCGAUUUAUUCUCUGUAUCAUCUCGGAAACCUACAAGAAGGCCAGUCGGUUCUCAUUCACUCGGCCGCCGGUGGCGUCGGUAUGGCGGCCAUCCAACUGGCCCAGUACAAGAAGUGUGAUGUCUUCGUUACCGUUAGCACCGACGAUAAACGCGCGUUGCUUGCAUCCCAGUUCAACAUCCCCGCCAACCGCAUGUUCUCGUCGCGCAACACCAAAUUUGCCGAGCAAAUACGGCGCGAAACACGCGGCCGUGGCGUCGAUGUCAUCCUCAACUCCCUGAUUGGCGAGCUGCUAGAUGAAUCUUGGCGGCUAACGGCCGACGGCGGCGUCAUGGUCGAAAUUGGAAAGCGUGAUAUUGUCGAUCGUAACACGCUGGCGAUGGAGCCUUUCGACAGGAACUGCUCGUUCCGUGCCGUGGAUUUGUCCUACGUCAAGCAGAUCAGCGACAGUCUGACUGGAAAGCUACUAAGAGAGGUUUUCGACCUGGUGAGGGGCGGCCACGUUGGGCCUAUCCAUCCCGUCACCACAUUCCCACUGGACGAGGCGGUCGCUGCUCUGUCCUACAUACGGCGCGGCCAGCACAUGGGUAAGAUCGUGAUAUCCUGCAACGACCAAGAGGCACAGCUACCCAUUCGGCCGGUGAUGCCCAAGUUGGAGCUGAAGCCCGAUGUUGCCUAUCUGAUCGUGGGAGGCCUCAAGGGUCUUUGCGGCAGUCUUGCUGUCCACAUGGCCCGCCACGGUGCCCGGCAUAUCAUCGCCAUGAGCAGGAGUGGGAUUAGCGACGAGGCAUCUGCUCGCGUUGUCCGGAACUGCGCCUCGUACGGCUGCCACAUCAGCGAGGCAAAGGGUGAUGUCAGUGAGGCGAAAUUUGUUCUUUCCGUGUUCCAGUCGUCGCGCUCUGGCAUGAGGAUCGCUGGUGUGAUACAAGCUGCCAUGGUCCUGAGGGACAGGCCUUACGAGAUGAUGACACACGAGGACUUCCACACGGCCACCAAGGCGAAGCUUGCAGGUACCUGGAACCUGCAUAUGGCUGCGCAACAGGACCAGCAAUCACCGCUGGACUUCUUCACCAUGCUAUCGAGUAUCUCGAGCGUCGUUGGCAACAAGGGCCAAACCAAUUACGCAGCGGCCAACUCUUUUAUGGACGCCUUUUCCUUCUACCGUCAGGGCCAGGGACUGCGGGCGCAUACGGUCGACCUUGGUCUGAUCGAGGAUGUCGGGUACGUCGCUGAAGUGGGCGGAGCGGCUCUGGAGGCUCGCUUUGACAAGCGUGAAUGGACGCCCAUCAACGAAGGCAUGCUUCGCCGCAUCCUCAGCUACUCGAUCAUGCAGCAGGUCCACAGUCCUGGGUCUCUGAGCGCCGCGAGCGCCGCCCAAACGGUGACGGGCAUUGCCUACCCACUCCCCCUGGACCAGUCCGACCUGGCAGACAACCGCCGGUUCGGGUACCUGUUCACUACCGCCACGAGCAACGCAGAAGGGGGCGGUGGCAACGAGGUAGCCGACCAGACCGCUCAGGCGAUUCGUGCUUUCCGUAUCAUGCGCGAGGCUGGAGGCGCUGAUGUGGCCGCGCUGGCCAAGGCAACAGUUCCGCUGCUACAGGGGCAGAUCACGAAGCUCCUGCGCCUCGAGACGGAGAUGGAACCAGGCAAACCGCCGAUGGCGUACGGUCUUGACUCGCUCUCUGCGGUCGAGUUGCGCAGCUGGGUGCGGCAGAAGCUGGGCGGCGAGUUGAGCACUCUCGACAUUACAAACGCCAGUUCCCUGAUUGCCCUGUGUGAGAAGUUGGCAGCUAAGCUCCCCAAGUUGGAAGCAGUGGCAGCUGAAGCGUAA